AAAGUGUAUUUAAUGAUUCUCAAAUGAUAACAUUUAAUUCGGAAAACAUUAAUUUUUCACUACAGUUCAAAAGUUCACUUGUACUCGAUUCAAUAUAAAUGUUGUUGAUGAUCAAAAUAACUGAAUGGCAAUAAACGUGUUCAAAUAUUGAUGACGAAAUGACUGCUGUGAUACCGAAAAUUAGUAGAUUAUCACGGCGUGUUAUACGUGUUUUGGGCUGUAAUCCUGGACAUUUUACAUUGCAAGGAACAAAUACCUACAUAAUUGGAACUGGACGUGAUCGUUUAUUAAUCGAUUGUGGUGAACCAGAAAUUCCCGAAUAUAUACAGGUGCUCAAAAAUGUUGUCAAAGAGAAUAAUAUAUCGUUGACAAAAAUUUUGCUCACACAUUGGCAUCCAGAUCAUGUUGGUGGUACAAAAGCUGUACUAGAUAAAGUUGCUCAUAAAGAAUGUAAAGUUUUUAAAUAUCCAAAUCCUGAUGAUGAUGAUGCUAUCACCAAAGGUAAAUAUGAGCUCAAUUAUUUGGACGAUGAAGAUGAAAUUCAUGUGGAAGGUGCAUCGCUCAAAGUAUAUUUUACACCUGGCCAUGCUAAAGAUCAUUUAGUUAUAUUUCUCAAAGAAGAAAACAAUCUAUUUUCCGGUGAUAAUGUACUUGGUGAAGGUUCAGCAGUGUUUGAAGAUUUAACUAGUUAUAUACAUUCAUUACGUAAAAUUUCCUCAUUAGAAGCAAAUAAAAUUUAUCCAUCACAUGGUCCAGUUGUAAAUGAUCCGAAAAAGAAAGUCGAUGAAUAUAUUGAAAAUCGUAUGCGAAAAGAAGCACAAAUUUUGGAUGUAUUAAGUCGAACAUCCGAACGUUUUGUUUCGAUUGAUGAAAUUGUUAAAAUAACUUAUCCAAAUCUAAAAGCUGGUCUAAUAUUUGGUGCUCAAUGGAAUGUGCUCAAUCAUUUGGAAAAAUUGUUUAAAGAAAAUCGUGUAGAAAAACAAGAAGCAGAUGAUGAUAUUGUUAAAUUUCGUUUAAAAAUUUAAAUAUUGUUUGUUUUAAAAACUAUAUUUUAUUUAAAUUAAUUUUUUUUCUUUUGCAACAACAAAAAAAAAUAGAUAAAUAAUGUUAAAAAAAUGAUAACAGAAAGACAAAUAAAAUGAUUAAAAUAAACAAAA